AUGGUGAAAACCAAAACCGCAAAUUCGGAAACAAGUACGUCAAACAUUGCAACUGGUAAUAACUCGGGAAAUAAUAUGGCGGCAUAUAUUGGACUUAACCACAUGUCAUUUGAUCACCGUUCCGGUGAAUGGAAAACUUUUAAAUUAAAGUUAACAAAUAGUUUCAUUGCUGGUGAUGUUUCAAGUGACCUCAAAAAGAAAGCCAUUUUAAUAACUGCGCUAAGUGACGAAACGUUUUCCUUACUCGCAAGUUUAUGUGUGCCGUUGGACAUUGAAGCAAAAUCAUUCAGUGAUCUAAUCAAAUUAUUAGAUGCACAUUUCACUCGUAUUUUUCUGCCAGACAUGAAUUUUAUAGAGCGGAGAAAAAUCCUAUGGAAACGGUUGCAGAAUGGGCUGCUCGACAAAAUUGAUCUCAAAGAUGCAUAUGCACAGUUAAUUUUAUCUGAAGAGUCUAGAAAUUUAGUUGUAAUAAAUACACAUUUAGGAUUAUAUGCUUUCACUAGGCUACCAUAUGGCAUAAAUUGUGCUGCUAGCAUAUUUCAAAGAGUCUUAGAACAAACUAUUGGGGACAUGGAUGGUGUCACAGUUUUUCAAGAUGAUAUAUCUAUAUCUGGUAAAACUAGACCAGAACAUAAUAAUAGAUUAGAGUCUGUGUUAAACAAACUUCAAAAUUCUGGUUUAAAAGUUAAAGUUGAAAAGUGUAAAUUUCUUAAAAAUUCCAUUGAAUAUUUGGGUCAUAUUUUGGACAAAAAUGGUAUACAUACCACUGAAAAACACAUUGAAGCCAUUAAAAAUGUUAGUGUACCUAUUUCCUUAUCUGAGCUGAAAAGUUUUUUAGGUAUGGUUACAUAUUAUAUCAAAUAUAUACCAAAUUCAGCUGAGUUGUUAGAACCACUAUAUAAGCUGACUAGAAAGGAAGAGGAUUUUAUUUUGUCUAAUAAAUGUAAUAAUGCUUUCAAUCAAAUUAAGAAACUGCUAAUUUCUAACAGAGUUUUAGCUAAUUUUGAUUCUAAAUUGCCAUUAAAAUUAACUGUUUAUGCAUCUAGCAUUGCCGUUGGUGCUAUUUUAUCACAUGUCUACAAUGACAAUACAGAAAGACCAAUAGCAUUUGCAUCACACUUAUUAACAAAAGCUGAGCAAAAAUAUCCUCAGUUAGAAAGAGAAGGACUAGCAAUUAUUUUUGGAGUUAAAAAAUUUCAUGAUUUUCUAUUUGGAAAACAUUUUACUUUAGUAACAGAUAAUAAACCCAUAGCACACAUUUUAAAUCCAAAUAAGGGCAUUCCCACAAUUGCUGCAAAUCGUUUACAGCGUUGGGCUUAUAUUUUGAUGGCUUACAAAUUUAAUAUUGAAUGGGUUUCCACCGAUAACAAUCCAGCUGAUUAUUUAUCUAGAUUAUCCUUACAGAGUAAACAAAUAGACAUAGAAGCAAACACUAAUUAUUUAAAUUUUAUAAAUGAUGAAUCAAAUUGGAUUUUAGACUGGCUCAAAAUUAAAAAAGCGACUAGGUCUGAUCCUAUCAUUUCAAAAAUCAUUGAUUAUGGUACAACAAAAAUGAAAAGUUUAGCUAGAGCUUAUUUUUGGUGGCCUUUACUAGAUGGUGAAAUAGAAAAGUUAACAAACAGUUGUGAAGUAUGUUGUGAAAAUAGAUCAAUCCCUCCAAAAGCAAUUCUAAAACCUUUUGAAUGGCCUACUAAACCUUGGACAAGAAUCCACAUUGAUUUUCUAGGGCCAGUUUUCGGUCAAGUUUUUUUUGUUUUAGUUGAUGCCACAUCCAAAUGGAUUGAAUGUUUCAAAGUAAAUUCUCUUAACACUACCACAGUCAUAAAGCAUUUAACUGAAGUUUUUUCUAGAUUUGGUCUACCUAAAUCAAUCACAUCUGAUGGUGCUAAAUGUUUCUCUAAUGAAGUUUUCCAUUCAUUCUUAAAAAUGUAUGGUAUCAUGCAUUUAGUUGGAGCCCCUUACCAUCCGAAAAGUAAUGGUGCUGCUGAAAGCGCUGAAACUCCUAAUAAGGUUCUAUUAGGAAAGUCAGUAAGGUUUAUUUUUGAUCUACUCAAACCACAAACUGACGACAUAGUCCUAGGUAAACAAAUUACUCAAAUUAAAAAUAGCGGAAGGAGAGAUGUUACUUUUAAUACAAAUGAAAAAGUGUUAGUAAGAGAUUAUAGAUCUCCAAGCUCCAAGUGGAAAACAGCUGUAGUAACAAAAAUAUUAGGUACUAGAAACUAUCAGGUCACCACAGAUGAAAACCACAUUUGGAAACGUCAUGUAGAUCAAAUGUUAAAAAUUAAACAAUCCAAUCAUGAACAAAUUUCUAAUACUGACACUGAUUCAAAUAACAAUAGUUAUAAAAGUCCAAUCUCUGAAACAACCUUAAACACCACUAAUAACCUACAAAGACCUAAGAGAAUUAUUAGGAAACCAGCUAAAUAUUAUCAAUAA